ACACCACUUUUGCUUUGCUUUGUUUAUUCCUUGUUAGUGCUUCCUUCCUCCUUUUUUAUAUUCAUGCAUUGCCUUCUCUCGUUGACUCUUAUUGUUUAUGCAUUGUUUUCUUCCACACCAAUUGGCUUCAACAAUGGCUUCUACCUUGUCUUGCAACUCUUUCAACCCCUCAAUGGCAGUUUUCUCGAGAACCCUUUUCUCAAUUCCUAUGUAUAAAGAGCUUUCACUGCAUGUUUCACCUUGCGUUAGCUAUGGAAGCAGAAAAACGAGGCAAAGGAAGGAACUGGUGCCGGUCAAAGCAACUGUGGCUGAGGCACCUCCAAGUGCUUCAAAGUCAACACAAACUGUGGCUAAGAAUGGUGAGGAUGAAGAUCAAGCCCCUCAGAAGAAGAAGCUUCGAGUGCUUGUGGCUGGUGGAGGGAUUGGUGGCUUGGUUUUUGCUUUGGCUGCAAAGAGGAAGGGGUUUGAGGUAGUGGUGUUUGAGAAGGAUAUGAGUGCUAUAAGAGGGGAGGGGCAGUAUAGGGGUCCAAUUCAGAUUCAAAGCAAUGCUUUGGCUGCUUUGGAAGCUAUAGAUUUGGAGGUUGCUGAAGAAGUCAUGAGAGUUGGUUGCAUCACGGGUGAUAGAAUCAAUGGGCUUGUGGACGGGGUUUCUGGGUCUUGGUACAUCAAGUUUGAUACAUUCACCCCUGCAGUGGAGCGCGGGCUUCCAGUCACAAGAGUUAUUAGUCGAAUGGCUUUACAAGAAAUCCUUGCCCGUGCAGUUGGGGAAGAAGCCAUUAUGAAUGACAGUAAUGUUGUUGAUUUUGUUGAUCAUGGAGACAAGGUAACAGUGGAGCUGGAGAAUGGUCAGAAAUAUGAUGGAGAUCUCUUGGUUGGAGCAGAUGGGAUAUGGUCCAAGGUGAGGAAAAAGUUAUUUGGGCCAACAGAUGCUACUUACUCUGGCUAUACUUGUUACACUGGUAUUGCAGAUUUUGUGCCAGCUGACAUUGAAUCUGUUGGGUACCGAGUAUUUUUAGGACACAAACAAUAUUUUGUAUCUUCAGAUGUUGGUUCUGGAAAGAUGCAAUGGUAUGCAUUUCACCAAGAACCUGCUGGUGGUGCUGAUAUCCCCAAUGGAAAAAAGGAAAGGCUGCUUAAGAUUUUUGAGGGCUGGAGUGAUAACGUAAUAGAUUUGAUACUUGCUACAGAAGAAGAGGAAAUUCUUCGACGAGACAUAUAUGACAGGACACCAACUCUGACAUGGGGAAAGGGCCAUGUCACCUUGCUUGGUGAUUCUAUCCAUGCCAUGCAACCAAAUAUGGGCCAAGGAGGAUGCAUGGCUAUUGAGGACAGUUAUCAACUUGCAUGGGAGUUGGACAAAGCAUGGCGGCAAAGUAUAAAAUCAGGCUCUCCAAUUGACAUUGAUUCUUCCUUAAAGAGCUAUGAGAGAGAGAGAAGAUUACGAGUUGCCGUCAUUCAUGGAAUGGCUAGAAUGGCUGCUUUGAUGGCUUCCACCUACAAGGCAUAUCUGGGAGUUGGUCUUGGGCCUUUAGAGUUUUUGACCCAGUUUCGCAUACCACAUCCUGGAAGAGUUGGAGGAAGGUUUUUUAUUGACAAGAUGAUGCCUUUGAUGUUGAACUGGGUCUUAGGUGGCAAUAGCUCCAAACUUGAAGGUAGACCAGUAAGUUGCAGGCUCUCAGACAAAGCAAAUGACCAGUUACACAGAUGGUUUGAAGAUGAUGAUGCACUUGAGCGUUCCAUUAACGGAGAAUGGAUUUUAUUUCCAUGUGGAGAUGAAGCAGGUCUUUCAAGACCUAUAUGUUUGACUCAAGAUGAGAUGAAACCCUGCAUAAUUGGGAGCACGCAGCAAAAAGACCAUCCAGGCAGUUCAAUUGUAAUACCUUUACCCCAGGUUUCUCAAGUGCAUGCUCGAAUUAACUAUAAGGAUGGUGCCUUCUUCUUGACUGAUCUGCGGAGUCAACAUGGCACCUGGAUCACUAACAAUGAAGGAAGACGGUACAGGGUACCUACAACUUAUCCUGCCCGUGUCCAUCCAUCUGAUGUGAUUGAAUUUGGUUCUGAUAAGGCUUCAUAUCGUGUUAAGGUGACAAGAUCUGCUCCAAGAGAAUCUGAAAACGAAGGAACAAAAUUUUUUCAAGAAACAAAGGUAGCCACUAACAUUUUUAUGAUCAAUGAGAUGUCACUAUUUCUAGGAUUCUUUCCUGGAUAAAGAUUGUCAUUAUAGAAUGGUAUCUCAUUUCAUCUUCACACGGUUGCGCGGUUUCCAAUCCUGCGAGUAGUAUUAUUUUGAAGAAACUGUUAAGAGCAAUUAUUCAGCAAACUGGGCCCAGAUUUUUUUUUGUGUCCAUGAGCAGGGGCACACCUUAUAUCAAGUAAUGAUGUUAUUUUCAUAUAUUCACAUUCACAUAUUUGUAACAUACUAUGAAAUCAAUGACUUGUUUCAU